GAGAGGCGCAAAGCGGGGGACGUCUGGUUCCAAGCAGUGAACGAGAGAGAGACAGAGGAGGGAGAGAGAGCAAGUCCUGACCCGUGGUAGACUAGACCACUUCUAACUAUGAGUCCCUCGUCUACCAGCCUACUGUACAAUAAAUAACUCUAGACUCAGGGACAAAGAGGACAUUGCUAAAGCCAGGCCUACUGCUGCGUGGUGGGCAUCCGGGCAGUGCAUGCACGAAUACAUGCUCCAGCUCAAUUGGACCUCUCACAUGUUCUAUCUAGGACGAAUAGGAAAUAUUCACUACAUUAAGUCACAUCAGUUCCCCUGCUCUGGGGGAAGAGAGGAGAAGGGUGGGAUGAGGAGAAAAGACGGAUAAAGUGUGUUCUGACUGAUGGAUGCGUGUUGUCAUCUAUUCUAUGAAGUAAAGCGACAGAUACAGAGAGCGUUGCUGGGAGAUGGUAUUCACCUGACAAAGACAUCGGCCGUUAGGCUACCCUCCUGACCGCAGUACUAGCCUGCAGAGAAACCUCGGUAUAGGUUACCUGAUCUAACGAGGAACCGGAUCGGUGUGACAUUAGGGAACAUACGCGAAGAAAGAACUUCCCCCGUUUCUCAGCUGCAAGUCAACGGUAUCACUUUGGCUUUCAUCCCGCCUUGAACCUCUUAAAAACCGUAAUUUAGAGCCAACCGCUGUUGACACGAGCGCUUUGCGGACGGUUCAACCAAGGACAGCAGAGGUUUGAACGGGGAUCUGAAGACACGUCGGACAGAGAGACAUGUAUCUAACAUCGACCUCAUAUGCACCCGACUGACAAACACACAAGCCACAGAAGAAAGCAGAUAGCGGCUACUGCACCGCCACGCGCACGGCGGGUCCGGUGCUCUCCCGGCUCACUCUGUCUCCCGGUUGUGAGAAUGGCAGGGGUCGCGUGUUGGAAAUGUUACCUCUGGAUCUUUAUUGUCGUGUUUAGGUCGACGUUACCUUCUGACGCCAAAUCACUGGAAACUAUCAUGUGGAGCACUCAGAAUGCCAAGUUCCUGUCAGGUAGAGGGGUGGUCAUCUACCCAGAUAUCGGGGACAAGCUGGACAUUAUCUGCCCCAAGGCUGAGUCAGGACGAGACUAUGAGUUCUAUAAGCUGUACCUGGUCAGGAGAGAGCAGGCGGAGGGGUGCAGCACGGUCAUGGACCCCAACGUACUGGUCAACUGUAACAAGCCAGAGAAGGACAUCAAGUUCACCAUCAAGUUCCAGGAGUUUAGUCCCAACUAUAUGGGUCUGGAGUUUAAGAAGAACAUGAAUUACUACAUCACAUCCACAUCCAAUGGUUCAGUCGAAGGCCUGGAGAACAGAGAGGGAGGAGUCUGUAAGACCAAGGCCAUGAAAGUGGUUAUGAAGGUCGGACAAGACCCCAACACUGUUCUACCAGACCCUGCAUUACCAGAGGAACCCGAGAGAGGGAAGGACAACGCUCUGGGAGGAGACUUCAGUCCUAGCCCUGAGGACAACCAGCUGCCUGGAGCAGGAGAGCCAGGCAACACUGACUCUAUAAACCAGGACAACAGGUCAGGAGGUUCCAGCAGCAGUGACAGCAUCCUGGGGUCAAAGGUUGCUGUGUUUUCAGCCAUCGGAGCUGGCUGCAUCAUCUUCCUCCUCCUCAUCCUCUUUCUCGUCAUCCUGCUCAUCAAGAUGAGGAAGAGAGUCCAGAAGCACUCUCACGCCCAGCCACACCCCUCCACCAUGGCACUCAGCACGCUGUCCAAUCAGAGCAAGCUGCCUGGCAGCGGGGGCACAGCCGGGACGGAACCCAGUGACAUCAUCAUCCCGCUGCGGACGGAGAAUAACUACUGCCCUCACUACGAGAAGGUGAGCGGUGACUACGGACAUCCUGUUUAUAUCGUACAGGAGAUGCCUCCACAGAGCCCAGCAAACAUCUACUACAAAGUCUGAGAGAGGAGGAGAGGAGAGAGCAUCUACUACAAAGUCUGAGAGAGGAGGAGAGGAGAGAGCAUCUACUACAAAGUCUGAGAGAGGAGGAAAGGAGAGAGCAUCUACUACAAAGUCUGAGAGAGGAGGAGAUGAGAGAGCAUCUACUACAAAGUCUGAGACAGGAGGAGAGGAGAGAGCAUCUACUACAAAGUCUGAGAGAGGAGGAGAGGAGAGAGCAUCUACUACAAAGUCUGAGAGAGGAGGAGAGGAGAGAACAUCUACUACAAAGUCUGAGAGAGGAGGAGAGGAGAGAACAUCUACUACAAAGUCUGAGAGGAGGAGGAGAGGAGAGAACAUCUACUACAAAGUCUGAGAGAGGAGGAGAGGAGAGAACAUCUACUACAAAGUCUGAGAGGACGAGGAGCACAUUAAUAUCCUCUAAAUGAGAAAAGCAAAUGAACAUCUACAAUAUCCACUACAGUGUGAGUUGAAGAGAGAAGGACAGGAGAGAUUGAACAUCCACUACAGUGUGAGUUGAAGAGAGAAGGACAGGAGAGAUUGAUUACUCUGCUACUGGACUGUUUUAUUUUAAUUUGGGGACUUGGCUUUUAACAAGCCCUUGUUUUUCUACCACCUACUGACCUAAGGAAAGGACACUUGACAGUGGACCAUGGACUGAUCCAGAGAAACUGAACUGACAGAAACUGUCCAGUACACCUUGUCCUGUUGAUGUGAUGUUUUACCCUCUAUCCUCCUGUCCUCUAUCCUCCUGUCCUCUAUCCUCCCGUCAUGACCUCCUGUCCUCUAUCCUCCUGUCCUCUAUCCUCCCGUCAUGACCUCCUGUCCUCUAUCCUCCUGUCCUCUAUCCUCCCGUCAUGACCUCCUGUCCUCUAUCCUCCUGUCCUCUAUCCUCCUGUCCUCUAUCCUCCCGUCCUCUAUCCUCCCGUCAUGACCUCCUGUCCUCUAUCCUCCUGUCCUCUAUCCUCCUGUCCUCUAUCCUCCUGUCCUCUAUCCUCCUGUCCUCUAUCCUCCUGUCCUCUAUUCUCCUGUCCUCUAUCCUCCUGUCCUCUAUCCUCCUGUCCUCUAUCCUCCUGUCCUCUAUCCUCCUGUCCUCUAUCCUCCUGUCCUCUAUCCUCCUGUCCUCUAUCCUCCUGUCCUCUAUCCUCCCGUCAUGACCUCCUGUCCUCUAUCCUCCUGUCCUCUAUCCCCCUGUCCUCUAUCCUCCCGUCCUCUAUCCUCCUGUCCUCUAUCCUCCUGUCCUCUAUCCUCCUGUCCUCUAUCCUCCCGUCAUGACCUCCUGUCCUCUAUCCUCCUGUCCUCUAUCCUCCUGUCCUCUAUCCUCCCGUCAUGACCUCCUGUCCUCUAUCCCCCUGUCCUCUAUCCUCUUGUCCUCUAUCCUCCUGUCCUCUAUCCCCCUGUCCUUUAUCCUCCUGUCCUCUAUCCUCCUGUCCUCUAUCCUCCUGUCCUCUAUCCUCCUGUCCUCUAUCCUCCCGUCAUGACCUCCUGUCCUCUAUCCUCCUGUCCUCUAUCCCCCUGUCCUCUAUCCUCCUGUCCUCUAUCCUCCUGUCCUCUAUCCUCCCGUCAUGACCUCCUGUCCUCUAUCCUCCUGUCCUCUAUCCCCCUGUCCUCUAUCCUCCUGUCCUCUAUCCCCCUGUCCUCUCCUGUCCUCUCCUGUCCUCUGUCCCCCUGUCCUCUAUCCUCCUGUCCUCUGUCCCCCUGUCCUCUAUCCUCCUGUCCUCUAUCUCCCUGUCCUCUAUCCUCCUGUCCUAUAUCCUCCUGUCCUCUAUUCUCCUGUCCUCUCCUGUCCUCUGUCCCCCUGUCCUCUAUCCUCCUGUCCUCUAUCUCCCUGUCCUCUAUCUCCCUGUCCUCUAUCUCCCUGUCCUCUAUCUCCCUGUCCUCUAUCUCCCUGUCCUCUAUCUCCCUGUCCUCUAUCUCCCUGUCCUCUAUUUCCCUAUCCUCUAUCCUCCUGUCCUCUAUCCCCGUCCUCUAUCCUCCUAUCCUCUAUCCCCCUGUCCUAUAUCUCCCUGUCCUCUAUCUCCCUGUCCUCUAUCCCCCUGUCCUCUAUUCUCCUGUCCUCUAGCCCCCUGUCCUCUCCUCCUGUCCUCUAUUUCCUUGUCCUCUACCCCUGUCCUCUGUCCCCCUGUCCUCUCCUCCUGUCCUCUCCUCUAACCCUAACCAGACUGGGUUUCUGGGUUCAGUAUCUUCCACUACAGUACUAUACCUACACAGCACAGUGUACUAUUUACUAGACCACUACACCUGUGUGUGUGCGUGUGUGCGUGUGUGUGUGUGUGUGUGUGUGUGUAUGUGUGUGUCAGGCAGCCCUCUGCUGGGGAUCCAGGUAGCUCAGGUAUCAGGCACAGUGUGUGUGUUCCUCUCUCCCCUCACACCUCUACUGUCUGCCUUUACUAUCCGUAGUAUGUUUGAUGGGAGAUUCCCUGGAUCCUGCAUUACUCCACAGACCUGUUGUGUUUGGUAGAUUUCCCUUCAAACACACAAUGUUUAGAAGCUACGAUCUCCUCCACUCUUUCACCAACACCACCACCCUCUCAUGUUCCCAUGGAGAUUACCUGGGUCUGCACUGUUUAUGGACCUGUGUGUGUGUGUGUGUGUGUGUGUGUAUUCCACCUGCCUGAUAGGAUCUUAGCCAUGCUCCAGGUAUUCUUUACCUCUUUUUAGUGCUGUGUGUU